AUGCAAAACCAUAGAUUUAUUCUCAAUGAAUACAUGAAUCUCAUACUAAAUAAAAGAGUAAGUGUGAAUUAGGAUGUUAACAAUCAGCAUAUUUUGAACUAGACCCUAAAUUCGAAAUCUAAUGAAGUUAGCUUAUGCAUAUCGAUUUACUUAGAGCACACUCUGAGCCACAGAAAAAUUUUAGCAGAAUAGUGGAUUUUGUAAUUUAAAAGUGAAAACAACCGAAAUCUGCCAUGUGCCAAUUAGUGCACAUUUGAAAAAAAGUCACUUUGCUGUAUGUUCACAAAGAGUUCUUUGUAUUAAAACUUCUUAAAUAAGUAAGAGUGUUAUUAAAACUACUUACUUUAAAUCGUUAUUGAACACAAUGGUAAAAAUUAGAAUUUGGAAUUAUAUAAAUGCUAUCAUUUAAACAUGGAGUAAGAUGUGUCAAUAAUUGCUCGUUUCCAUUAGCAUCUGAAUUUGACUUAGGAGGUGGGAAAACCCAGAUCUUUGUCAUUUUAGGAGUAGACAAUGAUUCCCAAGUAGAAUAACAGGUUGAGAUUCAAUUCUGAGUAAGUGAGAACACCGGAAAGAAAGGUGCUCAUGUACUCAGUGGAUGAGGAAGUCACCUUCUUGAUUGAUGAGGAUUAAAUCGAGAGGGUGAUGAGUCACAAUUCAGAUUCAGAUUAUAUGAUAUAAACAAUAGAGGAGGAGACUGAUGUAAGUGAAUGGUAAGUUAUCGAUCAUAAGCAUUUGCUUACAAGGGAUUAAAAGAAAUUACUCAAUUCGUUAUAGGAGAUGAGAAAUCUUUUCAAUUCUAAAUCCAAACAUAGUCAUUAGAUAAAAUAGGCUUUAGAAUUGUUCUUUUGAAAAAAACAAGAGAAUUUGCUUGAUAUUUAUAAUCAUAAAUAAACCAUU